UGGUAAGUCUUUUGUUAAUCUUUACUAUUUUCGACACUCUCAUUUUCAGCAGUGGUACUUGAUGGCAAAGAAGAAGACCUGGUUCAGUCUAAUAAAGAGGUUUUUCAUUUCAGAGCCACAAUCAAGAAGGGACAAGGAUAAGCGAAGGAGAUGGGCCUGCCGAUUGCUUAAGAUGAAAGAACUAGGGCCAUCCUCUCCGAGAGAAAGGCUGCCAUGGCAACUCACAGAACAGAGUACUACUUUUGUUCCAGUAACCGUUGCAACAGACACUUCUGAGCUUCGGCAGAUCCCCAGCAAUGGGGAAAUAGCCCAUCCAGAAUCUUCACAAAGCCACAGUCAUGCCAGUGUUUUGAAAAUUCCUCAUCAACACAACAUCACAUCAAAAGCUUCAGCUGCAAUCAAAGUUCAAGCUGCAUUUCGCGGUUAUCUAGCAAGGAAAGCACUACGAGCACUGAAAGGAGUUGUCAAGCUUCAAGCUCUAAUCCGAGGUUCGGCUGUUCGAAAGCAAGCUAUCAACACCUUCAAGUGUUUGCAGUCCAUAGUAAACAUCCAAUCAGAAGUUUUCUCAAAGAGGAGCGAAAGAGUUAAGGAGUUGCAGUGUCAAGAUCACAAAUCACAGGAUUUCAGCGAAACAGACAUAAAGGUAGAUUUCAACAGCCAAAAGAGGUGGGAUGAGAGUGCAUUGACCAAGAGAGAGCUAAAACCUCUGCUUCUUACUAAAAGAGAGGCUUCUAUCAAGAGAGACCAGGUCAGAGAAUAUUACUUGAACCACCGGAGAUCAGCAGAAACAGAACGUGACAAGGUAUAUGGGAGACGGAGAUAUUGGUUGGAACAAUGGGUAGAUUCCCAACUAGCUAAAAGUGAGAGUCCACGCAAUUUGGAUAGAACUUUGUCAACCAAUUCAAGAACCAUUGCUGAAAUCGGGGGCAAACUAAACUUUCAAAAGAAACAUCAAGCAGACAUGUCUGACCCUCCUGCAUAUGUCCCAAGAAAAUCUUAUCAUCAUAGGAAGCAGCGCUCCACAGGAGAUGAAACUCUAUUUGUAGGUUCUCCUAUUGUUCCUGCAUACAUGGCCUCGACAGAGUCUGCCAAAGCAAAAGCUAGAUCAACAAGCUCGCCAAGAUUACGACCAAUUAGUUUUGAUGUAUAUUCUGAGAGUACAUCUCCUUAUAAACAUAAGCUGUCUCCAGUAUCAUCUAUUAAUAGUGAAUUGACGAGCAGUAGUUGGAUUGGGAAUCAUAUGGCAUCCUCACAUCGAUCUCCACGCUUUAGAGGGUCACCUGGUCCAAUCAAAUCAACGACGAGCACGAAGGACAUUAAACUUUGGGGGCUUCACCACCAAACAGGUACUAAUGUUGCUCCCACAGCUUGUGCAGGUCCAAUGGGAAAUAAAAUGUAGCAAGCAUCUGGUUCGGAUUUUUUUAACUUAAGUUUAUGUAAAAUAUUGUAAUUUAUACUAUCUUGUAACCAGCAUAUGAAGGAGCAUGUCAGUGAUAAGUCCAUUCUAUUACAAGAAUUAGAAAGUAACUUAUAAA